GUUUGUCUUUAGAUCAGUUAUCUGUGUUUCAGCAGGAGAUAAAAGUCCCACAUCGUUCAGUUCGGCUCAGUUUUUUCUUUUGUUCAGUCGCACUGACAGAAAACUAGAAACAUGAAGGUUUACCUGCUGCUGCUGCUUCUGCUGCCUCUCUGCUCAGGUGAACAGCAUCACAUCGAGUGUUAUGGCGAGGACUUCCUCAUGGUCAACAACCAGCUUCUGCAUUGUACCGGCAAAGUCCAACAGGCCUGCUACACCAGAGAUAAUGGAGAGAAAGGCUGCACUCGGCUGGCUAACUGCGAUCGACCUGGCUGGACCUGCUGCAAAACCAACCGCUGCAAUGCCUGACCAAUCGCAGACCGGGAAACAGUGACAUCAUCAAACUAUAUGAUGUGAAAUAAAUCUGUGAGGGAUAUUUCCCAUAAUGCAGGGUGGUGUUUGUCUGAGCUCAGUGUGUCAACAUGAAUAUUUGCAGUUUCUGGAUUUUGAAUGGAAGAGUGUCCCGCCUCUGUGGACUUUAAUAAAAGCAGCAUCCAUCCUGA